CCCCAGCGCCGCAGCGGCAGCAGCGAGCCCGCCUUACCGCAUCCCUCUCGCCUAUGCCAGGUGCCUGUCCCCGGCUGCGUGGUGACUGAGGAGCGAUGGGGCCUCUGCGGGAGAGCAGCAAGGAGCAGAAGACACAGCUGGAGAAGGAGGUGUCCCGCAGCCGCAUCCCCCGCCUGAUCCUCCGGCCGCAGCAGAAGGUGUCCCCCGCCUCCGAGUCGCCCUUUUCGGAAGAGGAGAGCCGGGAAUUCAACCCGCCUAGUUCCUCCGGGGGCUCCGGCAGGACCGUCAGCAGCAACAGCUUCUGCUCAGAUGACACUGGCUGUCCCAGUAGCCAGUCAGUAUCUCCAGUUAAGACUCCUUCUGAUGCUGGAAACAGUCCAGUCAGUUUUUGCACUGGUAGUGAUGGAGACUUCUCCAGGAGGAAAUUCAGUCCAGGGACAAUGAGCGAAGGGAACCCUCAGCUGGCUCGAUAUAAGAAGGAGACAAAGACAAGCCUCGUAAAGCCCGGGAGUGAAGCUGAUUUUAGCUCUUCAAGCAGCACAGGCAGUAUUUCGGCGCCUGAAGUUCAUGUGUCUGCUGCUGGAAGCAAAAGAUCAUCUUUUUCUCGCAAUCGUGGCCCUUACGGUCGGAAUAAUGGAUCCUUAUCCUACAAGUCCGGAGCCAGCCCACCUGCUUCCCGUGAAAAGGACUCUUUGUCAACAUUGUGCAAAAACCAGCUGAGUCCUGCUGCUACCCAUCAGAGCUACAGGGCUUCUUCAGCCAGCAGCAGCAACUCAGGCUCAUACAAAGAAAGCGACAGCAGCCCAGUGAUGAGGCGAUCAGGGAGAUACAAUUCUUGUGACAAUCACAGCAUUAAGCCACAAAACCCAGAGCAGUAUUUGACUCCUCUGCAGCAAAAAGAAGUUACAGUGCGGCAUUUGAAAACAAAGCUGAAGGAAUCUGAGAGCAAACUUAAAGAAAGGGAAACAGAAAUAGAAGAACUCAAAGCUCAGCUGGGACGGAUGAGGGAAGAUUGGAUCGAAGAAGAGUGUAAUCGUGUGGAGGCAGAACUGGCAUUAAAGGAAGCAAGAAGCAAAAUUAAACAACUCAAGCAGCUUAUUGAAACCAUGAAAAACAGCUUGGCUGAGAAAGACAAAAAAAUUCAGAAAUACUUUAUAGACAUAAACAUUCAAAACAAGAAACUGGAAUCUUUGCUGCAGAGCAUGGAGAGCUCUGUGAGGGAUGAGCGGUCUCUGGAAUAUACAUGUGACUCGGAGGGGAAGCCGUUAGCGCUGUGUGCCACGAUGCCAGACAGCCUCAGCAUGGAGGACCAAGCUCUGGAGGAGGUAGCAGAUAGUGGGCUUAAUGAGGACACAGCUAACAGGACUGAUUCAUCUGAAGAGAAUUUGACCACUACAGCCUCCGAGUUCAGUGAUCCAGCUCCCUCCAGUUCUGCUGUGAAUGAAGAGAUGCUUGACAGUGUUCUGGAUGAAAACCUGACUUCUUUCCAGGAGAAGGAGAAAUGCAGCAACGUGAUGGUGGAACAGGCUGUCCAGACUGAUGUGGUGCCAUAUAGCCUAGAUGUGGAGCAACUAAUUAAAAACAUCUUCAAAGCUCAAGAUGCCUGUCCUCUAAGCCCACCAUCUUCACUGAAGGGAUUGAGUGAAUUUUCUCUUGGAAGUUUCAGUGAUUCUGGUGUCAUAGUGGACUUAACUCCAAGUGAUCCAAACUCUGCCAUCCUUUUGUCUCCUAUGGAGUCUCCAUGCAGGAAGGUGGAGCACAGAGUUAAUGAAAACCGUUUAAUGAAAGAACUUGAUUUUAUAGAACCUCAUGAUGAUGAGGCCUUUGGGUAUGUCAGCGCUUUCUCUCAGACAGGAAUAAAGAGGAGAUACUGGAGCAGCAGUCUCUUCAGAGAUGUUUUGGCUGUAGCAGCCCCUGUUGUACCAACUAUCCUGUGGGCUUUCAGUACUCAGAGAGGAGGAACAGAUCCCAUUUACAAUAUUGGAGCAUUGCUUCGUGGUUGCUGCCUGCUGGCCCUGCACUCUUUACGCCGUACACCCUUCAAUAUCAAAACCUGAAGUCAUUCUGGCCCUGGGCACCAGCUGGCUGGGGUAGAGAGGAGAGAGGUAUCAUGAAACGUGAUUGUAUGUUCUGGCAGAGUCCAUAAUUUUUGCUUCUGACUCUUUGAUUUGCACUAUAAAUCAGUUAAAAAAACAUGUUCCUUGUUUCAAAAUAAAAAAGCUGAACCCUGUAGCUCCACAAGAUGUUUUUAACUGGUGUUUUACUGCUGCCUACAGAAAUAAGUCUUCCUGCUCCCAGGCACUGUCUCCCUCCCUGGUGCUGGUGUCUUUCUAGUGCCAAUGCAUCUGCAGAGUCAGUGUGGCCAGGGAAGUCAAGGAGAGUUACAGUUAGUGCUCUUUUUGUUUGUUUGCUGAGUUUGGGUUCAGCUCAGCCACUCUCCCUGGUUGGUUCACUGAGUAAAUGUACAGGUGCUUCACACUGGCUCAAGGGUAGCAGGAGAUGCACAGGGGAACAAAGGGCCACAACAGAGUGAGGUAUUUCUGGAGGCAGCUCCAGCCUAAAACAUUUGGGGAACUACAGAGUUAAGCAGGUGACAUGGAGACUCGUUCCCACAUGUACUCCAGAAAGCAUGCUAGCGCUUUCCGUUUGUUGUUCAAGGUGUUGAUUCAAUUUAGAGGUAAAACCCAUAUACCCCAGGCAGCUUCCAGCACAUUGUUCAUGCCUGUCUUGUGUGGUGCUCUUCUCAGUUGUACAAUUGCUUGAGCAUUUCACUGGUCUUGUGCGUAUAUACGGGGAUUAUAACCAAAAAUGUACAUCGGUGGGAGUCUUCAGAUGUGUUACAAUGAUGUGUAUAGGUGUGGGUACACUAUGAAUAUUAAUGUUGGUUUAAAGUCUUCAUGUAUUGUACCUGAUAGUCAUUCCAGCCCUUUGAAAUACUAUGUAUAAAUGUAUUGUGUUUUAACUUAUUGUUUAUUUAAUUGCUUUAUUGUAAAUUACCUUUAUAACCACAGGUUCAGUAAAGCAUGUUAGAAAUGUUAAA